AUGACUCGUUGGUUAGACGUGGAAGUGGGAAAUGAUGAUAUAGAUCUAAAUACUCUUCCGCAAAACUUAGCUUUACUGGAUUUACAAAAUGACAAUGAAUUCAAACUCGUCGUAGGAGAUUUUGGAAGAGGAGAAGAAGGACCUAAAUUAAAGAUAUUCAAAGGUGCAAUGCAGAUAUCUGAUACAGUGCUCCCAGACCUACCCCUUGGAGUUGUAGGGUUCUACAUAAGUGAGACAGUACCUCGUUCUGUGCCUAUUGUUGCUGUGGCCUACAGCUCCUGUAUAUUCAUGUAUCGGAACUUGAAACUGUUUUAUAAGUAUUAUCUUCCAUCAACGGAGCUUAGUAUGUGUGAGAUGGAGGUUUGGAAACAGUUAAUAAACCCUACCAAUCAAAAUGCAGAUGCAGUAAGACCACUUCUUGACAGUCUCAGAGCGAUACCUCACGACCUUUUAACAGUUCAAUCACAGAACCUUCUAGCUUUUACCACAGAGCAGCAAUUAGAAUACUUGGAGAAUAAUACAGAGUUACCAAGAAAGAAGAAUGCGGAGAUUGUGUGUAUGAAUACAAUGAAGAUGCACUCUAUAGACAAAUGGUCUGUCAGCUGUCUUGUGGUUGCUACUGAGGAUGGAGAUGUGGUGUUUCUGGAUCCUCAAACCUUUAGUCAGUUGUCUCAGGCAAAAUUAUGUGGUGUUAAGAAAACGCCAUUCCAAAUGGUCACAUCAGGGCUGUACACUGUUGACUACAGAGUAACUAUAGCGACGAGAGAGAAGACAGUGUGUGUAUUGAAAAGGGAUUGGGCAGAAGGUCGCAUUCUCUUCAACACCGAUGACCAUAUCAUCGCCAUCGAAGUGGUGACGGCAGACAGCAGUGUGAUGGUUAUCUGUGCUGAUCAUACCAUGGCCUGUUAUAAUAAGAAGGGCAAGAAGCAGUGGUGUUUGACACUAGAACACCGCCCAGUCGCCAUGACACUUGUCCCAGUGCUUCACCUCGGUGUCACGUUGACGGGGGUGGCGCUAGCGUCGGGCCAUGUGCACUUGUAUGAUGGGAAGUCUAGGAGGGACACUGUGUUUGUGAGAGAUGUGGUAUCCGUGAUGAAGUUUGGUCAAUUAGGUCAGGAAGAACAUGUUCUCAUCAUUAUUACUGGGGGUGGAAAUCUGAUGCUGAAGAUUUUGAAGCGAACAGCAGACUUCAGCGCUCACGCAGCCGGCGUAGAGAUAUCCCCGAGCGGUCCUACUGGACAGAAACCCUGGCUCAUACCUAAGAAGUCCAAAUUGUUUCUAGAACAAUCCGCUAGGGAGAGAGAAAAUGCUGCUAUGAUGCACGAAACGUUCCAACACGAGCUGAACAGACUGCGCCUGCUGGCGGCCAGGACGUUGCUGGAGGCGCACGUGCGCUCCGACAACUCCGUGGGCACCGGGCCUAUGGGAGACAUGCGGCUUACUGCUGAGGUUGAAGGCCUUGGCCCAGUGUUCCGAGUAACGUUGAUAAUAGAGAACAAUUCCAAGGAGAAGGCGGUGAUCGGGCUCGCGAUACUGUUCCAUGUGCAUACCGUCAAUUAUAAAGUCUCCAAUCCUUAUGUCAAGGUACCUCUCCUCUCGCCUGGUGGAAAACUGAAGUUUCCAACAAAAAUUGAAGAAGUGUUCGACGACAAUAUAAGCCCUGACGUUCUAUUUCGUCCUGUGACUGGACAAGGAGGGGAACGAUCUCUAAUCAAAGUGCUCUUAUUGAAGGAGGGCAGAAAAACUCCAGUACUUGCAGCUACUGUACAAAUGCCACCUACAGACCCAAUGAUGUUACCCUUUGAUAAAAUGCAGACAAUCGCUGGAAUUGACUCUAAUGAGGACCCGAAUUGGGCUCCAAAAACUUGA